AUGCGAUUCGAACGCUUUCUUGUUGACUUCAUCCCCAGAAGUGGGUUGAUCUACGAAGAUCACCAGCGAGUACGCCUCUUAGGACGCAAUGAGCACGACGCAUGUGUCCUACGUGCCUUGAUUGGAGAGGGAAUCAUCAAGACGGGUAAGCUUACCAGAGCUGAAAUCACCGCAGCGAAGCACAAAGUAGAGGGUGCGCUCUGUGCCGUGUUUGCUGCUGGCUGUGCCCCCGAAUACCGCGCCUUUCUUCAUCAUUGGGACGUGCCAAACUUCGAAGAAAACCUCAGGCGACAGGCAACGUGGACAAGGGCUCUCGGCCAGAACGUCUUCACACAACUCAUCCACGCCUUCGUCAACGCCCGACUUGCCUGGAACCGUCGUCCCCAAUAUCCCUACGACAAAAGCGAGCACUCCGCACUGGCCAAGCAGAUAGACAUCUUCCUCGAGAGCGUUGGUGAUGACUGGGUUGCAGCCGAGGAAUUUCACCACAACUGCGCGUACUACGGAGGGUUCGACGAUGACGACAACUUGAAUGCGGCAGAUUCCAUGGCUCACAGCAUGAAUGGUUCAAACUCUGACGGUUCGGACGUUGACAUGGAGAACCUUGACAAUAUCCUCCACUGUGACGUGUAG